AUGCCUUCCUCUUGCUCGUCCUCCGUCCAAAUCCUUGACCCCAUCCCGGCGCGCGCCUCGGGCACCACCCCCGUCGACACCAGCGGCAGCGACGAUGACGACAGCUGCUUCGGCUUCGACGGCGGUGCCGCAAGCGCGUCCCCGUGGCCCGCGGCCGGGCGCAUCGCCUCGUCCUUCCGGAGCCAGGCGGCGCUCGACGUCCUCUGCAAGAAGAACGGCGUCGACACGAGGGAGUUCGCCCCGCUCCCCACCGGCGGCCUGCGCGCGUGCUCGCCGCCGCCGGCGGGCGCCGUGUGCGUGUACGCGGACGCGCUGAAGGCCGGGAUGCGCGUCCCGCUGGACCCCUUCUUCCGCGACGUGCUCUCGCACUUCGGCCUCGCGCCGAGCCAGCUCGCGCCCAACUGCUGGCGCGUCAUGGCGGCCUUCCUCGCGCUCUCCCGCGCCGCCGGCAUACGCACGCCGUCGGUCGCCGUGUUCCGGCAGUUCUUCUCGCUGCGCGCGCUGAAGGUUAGGGGCCUCUACUGUUUCUCACCCAAGGACGCCGCCGCCGGGUUGGAUCCAUCCAUCUAUAACAUGCUGCAGAACAUGCGGGCAGAGAAGGCAGCCGCGGAGGCUGCGGCGGCGCCCAAGGUGACCGUGAAGAGCGAGCCCGGCGGCAGCGGCACUCCGGACUGGACGCCGGCGACCGGGAAGAAGAGGAAGAUGCCGGAGGAGGACAAAGCCAAGGAGGGCUUCUCCGCGCGCCAGGACCGCAAGCCACAGCACGCGCCGGACAGACACGACGGCGACACGGUCGACUGGGAGGCGGCGCGGCAGCUUCUGCAGGGCAUCGUCUCGCCGGCGCGGGAGCGCGCGUUCCUGGUGGCGAAACCCUUCAACAUCAUCGCGUCGAGCUACGUCGCGACGCUCCAGGCGGCGAACUACGCGACGGCCUCGUUGGGGCACGCGCUGAAGCUCCAGGAGGAGCUGGAGAAGGCGAGGGCGGAGCUCGCCGAGGCGAAGAAGGCGGCGGCGGCGGAGGCCGAGAGCGCCAGGGCGGCGGCGGUGCAGGAGUUCCUGGGCUCCAAGGAGCACGAGCGCCGGCUGGUGGAGGAGGCGUUCAAGGGGUACGAGCGCGGCCUGGAGGACAUGAAGCGCGUCGCGGUCGGCCUCCGCCCCGACAUCGACCCGGCUCGGCUGUUCGUGCCCCCUGGUGGCUUCCAGUAG